AUUUCGGCUUCCUCUGUCUUCCUCCUCUGUUCCGUUUUUUUCAAUCUGGAUAGUCUGAAACUUUGAUUGGUGCGAUUGGCUGGAUGUGUCUCCUGAAUGGGGAUAACUAAUAUGGGAGUCAAUUAGAUGACAGAUUGUCCUCGUCCAGUCACUAUAGGGAGUUGAAUGGCCACGCAGGCAGACUCUAGCUGCAUGUUCAGGCUUUCCAACCACCCACGAUGGCACACAGGAGAACCCAUAUGGGAACAGCGAUCACGCAGGCCCCGAACCAACACCAAAAGCAACACCAAACCAGUCAGACGGAAGGAAAGUCCUGUAGACACCUCUCAAACAGCAACCAUGGUGGUCCACAGGCCCGGAUCACACUGGAUAUACCAGCUGCUGUUGCCACUGAUGAUGAUCGUGUGUAUGCCCUGUGAUGCCUGGGCCACCACCUUCAAGAUCGCCCUGGUGGGGCCUUGGUCAUGCGACCCCAUGUAUGCCAAAGCGUUGCCCGACCUCGCCGCCCGAAUGGCCAUGAGCCACAUCAACAAAGACCCCCGGCUGAAAAAGGGCUAUUGGUAUGACUAUGCCCUCGUCAGCGAGAAAUGCAAAACCUCGAGUGCCCUGGCGCGCUUUGCUGAACUGGAGAGCUACGGCUCGGCCUUCCUGGGCCCUGCGAAUCCUGGAUACUGUUCAUCGGCCGCCAUGUUGGCAAAGAACUGGGAUAAGGGGAUACUGUCCUGGGGAUGUCUCAAGCCGGACAUGGAUAACGGGUUGUACCCUAACUUCUUGCGCCCCAUGCCACUUUCGUCCCGUGUCCUCUUCGGCGUCCUGCGCUACUUCAAGUGGGCGCACGUUAGUAUCAUUGCUGAAGAGACCGAUAUGUGGGAGGCCACAGGGUACGAGCUGGCAUCAUCGCUUCGGACCCUUGGCCUACCAAUGGGCUCAGUUACAAUCAUGGAGGAUAAUGAUGAGGGUCCUCGCAAGGCAUUGGAGAAGAUUCGCACAAAUGACUACUACUCCAAAGUAAUCAUCAUGUGCAUGCACUCAGUGCUGAUCGGAGGGGAUGCCCAGUAUCGGCUGCUGACCACAGCCUUGAGCAUGAGGAUGAUAGACCAAGGCUACGUCUUCAUCCCCUACGACACCCUGCUGUACUCACUGCCCUACAAAAAUGCAGAGUAUCCCAUUCUCGCUGAAGACUCCGCGCUACGACAAGCCUACGAUGGAGUAUUGACCAUCACCAUGGACCAGGGAGAUAAGAACUUCUUUGAGGCCUUUCAGGAGGCACAAGGGAACAAUGACAUUCGCACCAGUGCCGCAGCUGAACAUGUUUCUCCAUUCUUCGGCACCAUCUACAACAUGCUCUACUACGUUGCCAUGGCAGUGGAGCAGCAGCGGUCCGCCACCGGCCGCUGGGUGUCGGGCACCUCGCUACCACUCGGCGACGGCGACUUUGAGUUUGAGGGCUUCAACCAGCCGGUGUUCGGAGGCACCUAUGGCGACGGCAUGCAGGUGAAGUAUGCGGUGCUGGACUCUGACGGUUCUAGCAACAGACUGACCCGUACGCAUAGCCUGGACGCCGCGCACACACCCGGCAGGCUUGGUGGGCUGAGGUACCUGGGGAACUCCAUCCACUUCGCCGGCUCCACACCAAGCAGCGACUCCAGCUGCUGGUUUAGCCCAUACACUGCCUGUUCAGGAGGUUUUGGUGGAACCAUACUUUUGCUACUCAUGUUGUUUGCCGUUGCUCUGGGGGGAGGAAUCUUCUAUUAUACAAGUGGUGGUGGUGGAGGUGGCGGUGGUGGUGGGGCAAUGAACACUAAAGUGGUCCUCAACCUGGAUGACCUGGUCUUCAUCAACACCCAACUCAGCCGAAGGAAACUGGAUGACAGCAUGUUGAGAAGUCAGAUGGAUAUCAAGACUACGACUCAGAACUCAGUAAUCAGCCGAAGCUACAUCACCACCACUCCUGAUUCUUCCAACGUCGCUGUCUUUGAGGGUGACUGGGUGUGGCUAAAGAAGUGCCCAAACUCUACUUCAGUGUCAAGUGUAAACGAUGCAGCUCAGCAGGCGUUUGCAAAAUACAGGGAUAUGCGACAUGAGAACCUGAACCUGUUCCUGGGGCUCUUCUUCGACUCGGGCAUCUUUGGCAUCGUGACGGAACAUUGCACCAGAGGAAGCCUGGAGGAUCUCAUCAGCAACGAGGAGAUGCGCCUGGACUGGAUGUUCAAGUCCUCCCUAAUGCUGGACCUCAUCAAGGGAAUGAAGUAUCUACACAACAGAGCCAUCGUCCAUGGACGUCUGAAGUCUCGAAACUGUGUUGUGGAUGGACGCUUUGUGCUGAAGGUGACUGACUACGGUUUGAAAGACAUUCUUGAAGCCCAGAAGGUCCCACUGGACGACAGUAAACCAGAAGAUCAGUUAUGGACUGCGCCAGAGAUACUGCGAAGCCCAAGUAUGACGCCCACAUACUACUGUGAUGUCUACAGCUUCUCCAUCAUCAUGCAGGAGGUCAUCUCGCGCUGCGGCCCCUUCGGCUCAUUCGACAUGCCAGCAAAAGAACUAGUAAGCAAGAUAAAGUCUCCCCCUCCACUGUGUCGGCCGGAGGUGUCAAUGGAUGAAGCACCUCUGGAGGUCAUCCAAAUCAUGAAGCAGUGCUGGAGCGAGGACCCAGACAAGAGGCCUAGCUUUGAGGAGAUCUUCCGGCAUUUUAAGAGUAUAUCCAAAGGGAAGAAGACCAAUAUCAUCGACUCCAUGCUGCGCAUGUUGGAGCAGUACUCUUCCAACCUGGAGGACCUGAUCAGGGAGAGGACAGAAGAGCUGGAGGUGGAGAGACAAAAGACAGAUGCUCUCCUCGCUCAGAUGCUGCCCAAGUCUGUGUGCCAAGCUCUGAAGACUGGAAAGCCAGUGGUGCCAGAGCACUUUGCCCAGGUCACACUCUACUUCAGUGACAUCGUGGGCUUCACCACCAUCUCGGCCCUGAGCGAGCCCAUCGAGGUGGUCGACCUCCUCAACGACCUCUACACAUGCUUUGACGCCAUCAUCAGCCAGCACGAUGUGUACAAGGUUGAGACCAUUGGUGAUGCAUACAUGGUAGCAUCAGGGGUACCCAACCGCAAUGAAAACCGGCAUGCAGCUGAGGUGUCCAACAUGUCCCUGGACAUCCUGCACAGUAUUGGGGCCUUCAGAAUGCGACACAUGCCUGAUGUCAAGGUCAAGAUUCGCAUUGGCCUACAUACAGGCCCUGUGGUGGCAGGGGUGGUGGGUCUUAAAAUGCCUAGGUACUGUCUGUUCGGGGACACUGUCAACACAGCCUCUCGAAUGGAAUCCACCGGGUUGCCUUACAGAAUCCACGUCAAUAUAAGCACGGUCCAAAUUCUCAGAGACCUGAAGUUGGGCUACAAAAUAGACACCAGAGGCAUAACAGAACUAAAGGGAAAAGGGACUGAAGAGACAUUCUGGCUGGUGGGUAGGGAGGACUUCACCAAGUUUCUACCCAUACCUCCAGAUCUCACCCCGGGGGCUAGUAACCAUGGCAUCAGUUUGGAUGAAAUCCCAGAGGACAGACGGCAAAAGUUCCUCGACCGUCAGAAGAAUAUGGGCUAAAAAAAAAACGUCUAGGUGAUGGUGCCUGCCUGCCUGCCCUCUCCUCUCGGCCCUGCUGCGGCGAUGGCUCCUGGGGCCGGACAUGGGGCUCCAGAGGGUAACCACCUGGAGCUACUGUACAGGAGGAGGCUGACGGGCAUCGAUGGCCCCCUACUGCCCUGGUCCUUCACUUCCACUCUUUUUUUCUGAUUUUGUUUUUCUUCUCAAAUCCUUUUUUUCAACGCACAAAACAAGAGUUCAAAUCAGCUGCCGGCAAUACGAGAGUUCCAGCACACGGCUAGAGGAGACGUAGAGGAAAGCGGUGCACAGCACAGCUCAGCAGCGAGGUGCCAUGAAAUGGCCUCUGUGGAGCACGGACAGAUGAGUGUCAUAGACAUUUCAACUACAAUGAAAGACUUUUUCGAAGUGCAAUCUGCACUUUGAGUUGUGGAAAAGGGGAAAAAAACAUCCUCUUCACUCUGCUAUCAACCGGCUGUAUACAUUUUCCUGCAACAUUUUUACAUUUUUGAAUCCAGCGUGUUCUGAUAGUCUUGACAGUAUUCACAAUAAUUUAACACAAUCAUGAUAUUCUCCAUUAAGUGGGCAGGUUGUAAUGUUAACACCAAAAAUAGGCAAUAUCCAAAUAUUUUUGUUGCAUUUAAAAUGUGUAAUGAAGAAAAAUGGUUCAACUGUACUCUGAAAGGCUUACUGCAGUAGCAUCUACGGAUGAAACCUUAGUAUUAGUUGGCCAUCAUCCAGUUCAAGCCACGUCCCCUUUCUUCCUGCGAGUCCUGACAAUGGACCCGGAGAAGAUGAACCAGUUGUGUCAAUCAAGCCCUAAUCCAAAGUUUUUUUUCCAAAUCUAAGAGGGGGAGCAUUUUUUUUUUGCAUUGCACUCGUUUCAAUACCACUUCCUGUGUUGCUAUAUGCAUGGCUGUCAUGGUUUUGACAGUAGAACUUUUGUAUCACUAAAUGAUGAAUUGCACUUGAUUGCUCGAUUGUUUAUAAACGGUCGUCACAGUGGUAUAUCAUCUGUGUCUUGAA